CAUGGGUUAGCAUCAAUGACUUGAGUCCAUCACAAAUUGAUAGUAUCAACCACCAUCACACUAAUCGACAUCAAGAUGCAUUUGAUCAAGCCCCUCGCCGGUCUUGCCCUAGCUACCAUGGCGCAAGCCAAGUGCGGCGACGCCGACGCCUGCGUCGGAACUGAAUUCUGCACCACGGCCACCUUCACGAGCCCAUCUUCGACGACCAUCACAACCUGUGUGCCCACUGCGACCUGCCUGGGCGUGUAUGCCGACUGUGUGUCCGGCGGCGGCGGCCAGGGCUGCUGCUCGACCUACUGCGCUGCCACCAAGUGUCGGCCCACUGACCCCGAGUGGCCUGGUUGUCGCGAGGAUAACGGCCCCUGUCUGGCUGAUGAGAAUUGCUGCUAUGAUAAUAAAUGUAUCGAGGGACUUUGCACGCGGGAGUAGAGUCCUUGGUGUCG